CUGUACAAGAGUCUGAGCAACCACAUCACCACCAGCUGCACGUGUUCCUCGACGCCCCAACAGGCCCCACUCGCACCGUGUUCAUCUACCCUCGUCAUCAUCAGCAACGCCCUUUCCAUCAGUUACGAGCGGGGUCUUCGGUCCUCACUUGAUCUCACCAUCGACUCACUGGAGUCUAGUCGCCUCAUCGGAGGAGAGGGACGGCCUUACGCGAGGCGAGCGAGUGGGACAGAGGACGGCGCACACGACGCGGCGACGUCGCCCUCGCUCCCUCACACGGUAUGCGAACGACAGAGAUUGGCAGACGAGAGGCGAGCGACGCUCCUUGGAACGAGCAAAAAUCAGUUGUCAGUUUACAUGAAGAUAAUAAACGAGUUAGGAACAGUUGUCCAAAGAACGGGUUCAUGUAAUGUACUACGACGACCGACUCCUUCACUGUGGACCUUACCUACCCCAAGACACGAUACGUUGACCCUAGCCGCGACCCGGGACCCGCUCGGACCAGGACGAGGAUCUGAUGGAUGGAGAGGAGACGAGCUCGGGAACCUGUUCAGAGUAAUAGUUUAUGACGCGCGCCAUCUAGCGGCCCCUCGAGUGACUCCCGACCUGACGAACUGGCAACGUCGCCCUCGCGACGAGAGCGGAGUGCGCUCUGAGAACUACUCAAUAACAUAA